ACUUCUCCUAUUCUCUCAAUGAGAGAAAUUUUACAUCGCCAUGAGAUUCCUUCUGUCAUAACUGGCAUCAUAAAUGAGAUGCAUGAGAUUCAGCAAAAGAUGAACCACGACUAUGCGAGUUCAGUCUCAUCCGUUGGAAGGAAUCCCAAUGAAAAGGGAAAGAAACUCAACAUAGUUUCAUCACUAGAUUCACGCCCUCAGAAUGUUUCCUUAGUUGAUGGUAGAAUUUUUGGUAGGAGGGUAGAGGCAAAUGAUAUAAAAGAGCUAUUAUUAUCUGAUAAAAACUAUGAGGAAAAAGUUCCUGUUGUUUCAAUAGUUGGUACUGGGGGUAUUGGCAAGACCACUCUGGCUCAACUCAUUUACAAUGAUGAAAACGUAGUUAAGCAUUUUGAUGCGAGAGCAUGGGUAUGUGUUUCCCAAGAUUCUGAUGUUACAAAAAUAACUACAUCAAUUCUUGAGUCGAUAUCCAAUGGACAACCACCAUUGGAACGACUGGAACCACUUCAACAAGAACUCAAGAAAUGGUUACAGGGAAAGAAAUUUCUACUUGUUCUUGAUGAUAUAUGGAGCGAUGACCGCAGAACGUGGGAUGCGGUAAGGGUCCCAAUUAAUGUUGCAGCAGAAAAAGGAAGCAGAAUAAUAGUGACCACUCGGAUUAAUAGAGUUUCCUCUAUUAUGAGCUCCAUAAAAAAAAUUGAUUUGGAAACCUUGCCAGAUGAACAUUGCUGGAAAUUAUUCAAAAGGAAGGCUUUUGUUGAUGACAAAAUCUGUGAUAAACAUCCAAGCUUGAAAGAAAUUGGACAGGAAAUUGUUAAAAAAUGCAGAGGAAUGCCACUAGCAGUGAAAUCAAUAGGAGGACUUCUAUACGAUGAUCUGGAUGCGAAAAGGUGGAAAUCUGUCUUAGAAAGUAAGAUGUGGGAGGUUGAAGCAGAGGAGACAACAAUGUCAGCUCUACGUUUGAGUUAUUAUUACUUGCCAGCACAUUUAAAAUUAUGCUUUGCAUAUUGCUCUUUGUUUCCUAAAGACCAUGAAUUUGAUAAGGAAACUCUAGUCCAGCUUUGGAUAGCAGAAGGUUUUGUUUCAUCUAAGAGAAUUAACAUUCUGGAAGAAGACCUUGGAGGCGAAUACUUUGAUGACUUGUUCAAUCGGUCCUUUUUUCAAAAGUACUCUAAAUCUGUAAACAGAUUUGUUAUACAUGAUCUGAUGCAUGACUUAGCAGAGUCGGUUUCGGCAGGCAUGUAUUUUAGGAUGGAGGAGGGCAAAUCGCAUCACAACAACAGUGGCAAUCUUAAAAUGGUUCAUUACGUAUCAAUGUUUCACUUCCAACCAGAUCAGUACGCAAUGGAGAAGGAAUUAUGUAAAUUCAAGGAAUUGUCAACUUUGUUGUUGAUUUUGCCGUCAACAAGGGAUGGGCAUAUCCUAGGUGACUUAUUUGAACAAAACCGAUGCCUACGUGUACUGGAUUUGAGUGAAAAUUAUGAAUUGGUCAAUUUGCCAAAUUCAAUUGGCAACUUAAAACAUCUACGGUUGCUUAACCUCAACAGGACAGGCAUUAAAGUGUUACCUGAGUCAUUGUGCAACCUCUACCAUUUGCAAGUUUUGAUGCUUGAAAAUUGUAGACGUCUCAUUGAAUUUCCUAUACACAUGGGAAACCUAAUCAACCUCCAAUACAUAGUGAUGGGAGAUGACAGGUGGUAUGUUUUCAAACCAAUAAGAGGAAUUGGGAGAUUACAUUUUUUGAGGACAUUAAGUAAGUUUGAGGUGAUCAUGCAAAAGAGCAAUGGCAACAAAAGUACAAUAGGAGAGCUAAAAGAAUUACGUCAUCUCCAAGGAUGUAUUCGUAUUAGGGGGCUAGAGAAGGUGGCUGACUUUGAGGAGGCCAAGGAGGCUAACCUCUUCGAUAAGCAUCGGAUUGAUAGGUUGGAGUUGGAAUGGAAUGAUAAAAAUGAAAGAGGUAGCAUGGAGGGUGUAGUAGAGGGCUUGAAACCACACAUGGGGUUGAAGGAACUCCAAAUAGUUAAUUAUGGUGGCAUAAGUUUUCCAAAAUGGAUGAUGAUGAUGAUCGCGUGCUAUGAUAUGUUGACCACAAUACAACUAAGGAAUUGCAACAAGUGCAAAUUGCUCCCUCCUUUUGGAAAUCUACCCUCGCUCAAAGUAUUGCAUAUAUCUGAAAUGAAGGAAGUGGAACAUAUAGGAAAAGAAUUUUAUGGAUAUGGUGAUAACAACAAUAAGAAGCUGGGAUUUCCAAAGCUGGAGAUUUUCUCUCUCUCAUGUAUGAGUGGUUUGAAGGAAUGGUGGGGAGAAGAAGGUGAAUUUCCUUGCCUUGAAAACCUUCGCAUCUAUGAUUGUCCCAAAUUGAUCAAAUUGCCCCCUCUCUUUCCUACCGUGAAACUAGUAGAAAUCAAAGAAUGUGAUAUGGUGACUUCUUUUCCAAGACUUCUUCGGAAAGUCACAAAUUGUCCUAUGCUUCAAUCAUUGUCAGAGUUACAUGGUCUUGCAUCUCUUGAGACUUUGAUAAUCAAUGAUUGUCCUAUGCUUCAAUCAUUGCCAGAGUUACAAGGUCUUGCAUCUCUUGAGGAUUUGGAAAUCACCAAUUGUCUUAUGCUUCAAUCAUUGCCAGAGUUGCAAGGAUGAUGAGCUGCCCAUCGGCCGUGAACCUGAACCUGAAGCUGGCAG